UAACUUCAGGCCCUGGGGGGAAGUAUGUGGCUCCUGGAGAAGUUCCGUGGCUCUCAUGGCGGUCACUCUGCAUUGGCAGGGGACAAGCAGCAGAACCAGACAGACCCCGUCUCCGUCCACACCAACAUCAUCACCCCCGGUAAGAUCCCCGACUUCUUCAUCCCCCACAAACUCAUCUGCUGCCCCCCAGAGGCAGAGUCCCUCACACCGGAGCCCCAGCCCCGCUACACCCUGCGACACUACGCCUCCGAGCACACCAUCUGCAGCCAGACCCAGGGCAGCUGCAACCUGAACCCCCGCAGCCCGCGCCUGCUCUCUCGUCUUGCCGGGGACACCCGCAGCCUUUUGAGGGCCGCUAACCGCCACAUCAUCCAGAUUGAGAGCACCGAUGAUCCGGGGAGCGGGGUAGGGGAGGGGGGAGACCCCAACACCAACGCAGAGCCCCAGUCCCUGCCUUACGUCCCCAAGGCCCAAACCUCGUACGGGUUCUCCACACUGAUGGAGAGCCCCCACACCCACCGCAAGGAGUCCAUCUUCCACAGAGACCCCAGCAGCCCCCACACCUCCCCGGGCUCCCAGAGACACACCAAGGGAGGAAACCACCUGACCCCCUCCGUCCCCAACCCCUACCGCUACUUCAGCGGGGGUGAGAGUGACACGUGCUCUUCGGCCGAGUCCUCCCCCAUUACCUCCCCCCUCCUCACCCGCUCCACCUCCCUUCUCCGGUCCAUCACACAGGAGACGCAGGCCACGGUGUCUCGUGCCAAGCAUACCCUGGCACGCCACAGAUCCCUGUCCACAGGCAAGUGCAGCUCGCCCGACACCAGCCCCAGUCUGCAGCGCCGCCGCCUGCGCUACCCUCCCUCCCCUACCUUCCGCGGACGCAAGGGGACCGGCUCCGGGGGGGCGAGUUCAGACCUCCUCCAGCGUGAGCACUCGGUCAACCUCAACAAAGGUGGCACGCUGAGGCUCAGCACUCACUAUGAUGCCGAGGCGGCCCGGCUGAGGGUCCGAGUGCUCGCCGCCGAGGACCUGUACGAGAAACAGACGGACGUGAAGAGCAUCAACUGCUGCGUGUCUCUGUACCUGAACCCGGGCAAGCAGCAGAAGCAGAGGAGCACCAUCAUCAAUAACAGCAGGAACCCCAUGUUCAACGAGGACUUCUUCUUUGACGCGGUGCCGGCCGCCCAGGUCAAGAGCCUGGCCAUGAAGAUGAAGGUGGUGAACAAGGGAACCAGUCUAAAGAGAGAUGUGCUGCUGGGGGAGAGGGAGGUCCUGCUGAGUGAGCUGCUGCCAGGCUUCUAGAGAUUCAGGCUUUCUCUGGGUUCUGUUUGGAUUGACUGAGAUCGAACCCUGAGGUGGAGCUCUUUUUUGAAAUUUUGUCCCUUAGUGGAACUAGUUGGAUUGGUCAUCUUGGACACCCAGCAUUGCAGCAAAUCAGAGUGAGGAGGUGUGUGAUGUGUGGGUGUGUGUAUGUUUGUGUGUGUGUUUUAGAGUUUCAUAUUUUCCUGAUGUUUUCCAAAUCUUCAAUCCCGAGAAUAAAUCACAUUUCUACCGGGUAACCCGAUAUUUCCUGCCAAACCCGGAAGUGUCAUUCAAAAGCAUUAUAAAGCAUAUAAAUACAGUAUGUCUGGAUUUGAUUAUAGCUUUGAUCAGCAUGAAAAUUCAAACCUGGUGCUACCUGAGCCUGAUGAGCCAAAUAUUAAAUACAUUUUAUGAACCCUACAUAAACAACAUUUAAAAAGCCCAAGCCCAAAAAGCCUAAAUGAUUGUUCCAUUAUCCAAUACAUACAGGCUACUGCACCUUACGCACAACAGAAAACCAUAAAAGCCCAUAGAUGUAGCUAGCUAAAUGCUCUCUUAGGUAAAUAAAUUAAACUAGUUUCAGAAGCUAAUCUUUUUGAGUUUGAACUGUAUUACUGUACUGUAUUCUACUGUGUUAAAUGGACUUGAAUUACACACAUCGUUCAAACCAUGAUAAACCAUGACGUUGCUUUUUUUAGGUUUUGUUGAAAAUAAGUGAAAGACAAAAAAGUACAGUUAAAAAAACUGGGGAAAACGGUGUGAAGAAGAGUUUUGAAGCCAAAAGUGGCUUAUAUGAAAACCACACCACAAAUAUAAGUACAAAACAAACUAAAACUUUGUUUAAACAGUUAAACAAAGCAUGUUAAUUAUAAUUGUACAUGAUAUACUCAGUAUGCAAGAAAAACCAUGUUUGAUUAUGUGUGUGUGAGAGUUACGCUACAUAGAGUGGGUUAUUGGGUAGUUUGGUUCAUCAGGCUGACCCCCAGUGUUCGCUUGAAGUUGUUGAGGGAUGAUGAGGUUUUGGUGAUGUGAAGGCAAGGUUAUCGCAGUGUCUUGUGUUAUGUAAAUGGAUUUCAGAAUUAACCUGAAAUUAUCUAUUGAAGGGUUUAGGUGAACUGUCUAGGAAGUAUGAUUAUUUGUAGAUGAAAGUGCAUAAUGGAAUUAUUUUAAUGUCGUAAAUAGACAAGAAAUAAAGGUGCAGAUGGAGCCAGGUAAUUAGAGUAGGUGGCUAAAUUAGUGGUAAAUGGCCUCCAGAGUGGUGCAGCGGUCUAAGGCACUGCAUCACAGUGCUAGGGUCGUCACUACAGAGCCAGGUUUGAUCCUGGGCUGUGUCGCAAUUGGCCCAGCGUCGUCCGGUUUAGGGGAGGGUUUGGCCGGCUGGGAUGUCCUUGUCCCAUCACGCUCUAGUGACUCCUUAUGGCAGGCCGGGCGCAUGCACACUGACUUCGGUCACCAGCUUCUACGUUGUUUCCUCUGGCUGGCUUCCGGGUUAAGCGAGCAGUGUGUCAAUAAGCAGUGCGUCUUGGUGGCGUUGUGUUUCGGAGAACGCAUGGCUCUCGACCUUCGCCUCUCCCGAGUCUGUACGGGAGUUGCAGCGAUGGGACAAGACUGUAACUACCAAUUGGGGUAAAAAGUAAAAAAAAAAAAAAACAUUAGUGGUAAAUUAGAUGCGCAUUCAGUCUUUAUAUGACUGUAGCAUAAGCUAUGCUACAGCAAAUGUAGACCUACAUGUCACAAUAAAAAAAGUUACCUUGAUGAGAUAGAUGCUAACAUACAUUGUGAACUACGCUCCAUACUGAGAUGGGCGGUACAGUAUGUCCCUGCCCUGACAACCUAAACAUCUUUUCCCGCUUUGAGGAUAAUACAGUACCACCGACGCGGCCCACUACCAAGGACUGCGGGCUCUCCCUCUCCU